UGUGGCUAAAAUUGCAGAUGACGGAAGGAGAUGAUACUUGUAAUUACCGAGAGACAGAAAAGAAACUGCUAUAUAAUAAUUGCUCACCUGUGAAUGAUAGAGAAAAUUUUGAUAAUGAUACGAUACACGAAAUUGAAGGCACCCCCAUUAUUUCGCGUACGGUGUUUUACCAAAAAAAGGAAGAUUAUGCGGACGAUUCAAUAUUGCAGAUGUUGUUGAUAAGAAUAAAGUUCUAUGGGUGUAAUAAUGAAAGGAUCCACAGAAGAAUUAUAAUGCAUAUAUGGUCCCUUCAGUUGCGAUUUAAACGAACCUAACUAUCGCUUCAUUGACCAUGGUGUAAACACGCCCCCAUCGUAUGCAAGUGGCAGUACAGGUACCUUGUCAGUAUCGUUGAGAUGGAAUUCCGUAUCCAUGCACCUACUAAGUAUGCUAUGUUAGCGCUAGGCGCUAUGUUUGUUUUCCUGUGAAUGGUCCCGCCAUUUUUUUCUGACGACUGUCGUUUGAGAUUUUUCACUGCUCAUACCUGUGAUUCCAGAAUAUCCCAGAAUUUCAUAUUCUCUACAUAUACAGGGGCUUGUUUUGGAGACGUGACGUCACGUGCCCUAUGCCUUGGGGCACUGUUUGUAUCCUUAUUUAACCUCCUUGGUAUACCUAAGGUCAUCAGGUCUAUAAACCUUUGUUACGCGACUCGCUGGCACGUAAACCAUCUAGGGUCAAAGGGUAAGAUGUCAGCAUGAAUAGUCGCUGGCACUACAGUAUCCGCCCACUUAUUUCACAGAGAGCUACAAUAUAGCCGGGCUUCGUGUAUUUCGGACGACAACUAACUCGCACAAACGUCAGGCAGCUGAGCGUCAGACCGUCGCAGCGUUCCACGAGGCUGGUGAGAAGACCUGAAAUCUUAGACAGCUGUCCAAACUGGAAGCGGAAUUACUGAGAAGUUGGUGAGCUACCCGACCGGAUUCCACAAUGAACGCUAAGUUAUUGCUGCUGACGUUGUUAAAACUGUCCCCUUCUUCAUCACGUUUAUCCUGUACUUCGCGUUGCUGUUACCUGACAAGCCUCCAUCAGCCGAGGCCACAGUCGUCAAGAUGUUACCAGCCAUGUGUCUGGUACUUUUCCUGGGCCUUCAUGGGAAAGUGUUCUGUGGCGGUCGGCUGUACGACCGUCUGAUGUUCGCGGCGACGUUUCUGUGUGGAGUGGCGGACGGUGUCAUUGCCUGGGACCACCACCACGAGGCCUUCUUUCUGGCAGGAAUGGCAGUGUUCGGAGUUGCACAUUGUGUGUUCAUGGCUGCGUUCAGCUGCACCCCCCUCCGCCUCAUCCUCACCAUUCCCUGGCUCACGGCUGGCAUCAUCCUGUACGGCGUCCUCGUGCCCGGCCUGUACGGGGCUAUGUACUUCUUCGUCUUACUCUACGCUCUGGUGAUCGCUGGCAUGGUGUGGAGAUCGUUCUCCAGGGUAGAGAUCCGGUGUUGCCUCGGGCGCUGCAAGGAGGAGAGGUGUGCGAAGUGCGUGGACUUGGGAACCGGGGAGGCUGCUGACCCGGAUGGACAGUGCUACGAGGCGUCCAGACUCAGGUGGACUCAGGUCAUGGCGGCCGCAGGCGCUGUGUUGUUCGCUAUCUCCGACUCUAUCUUGUCCGUUUUCGCAUUUCGAGUACCGGGGGACCCAUACCCCGUCCACAGGAGAGUCGCGGUGCUGUCCACAUACUGGGUCGCCAUCUUGUUCCUGGCUCUGUCGGUAGAGCCAGCGGAACCUUGUCCAUGUCGAGGUCAAGGAGAGAUGGUGACGUCAGCAGAGAACGAGGACGUCUCAACGGAACGAGUCCGACUGGAAGCAACGUCAGACAGACAAACAUAUGUAGUAUAAGAAGUUGGUUGGUCUGGAGAGGUUUGUAAAGAAGGCACGAACCUUUAUUUGAAAGCUGAAGCCAACAUGAGCUUAAGGUCGUAUUAGAGGUGGCCAUGGUGUUCUCGAAGGAUUGAUGACUGUAACAUAUUUACAAACAAUCCAAAUCAACAGUUGUUUUCCUGGUAUCUACAAGAAUUUAUAUUUCAGAUGAUGAGAAAUGAUGAAUGCAGGUCCAAUUGGACAUUCUCAACAACUUCGUGAUGAAUACCGUAUGGUUUUUUAAGGCGUAAAGGUUUGAGGUAUAGAUGUUACAAAAUCUAAAAAUCAUGUUCUUCACAACAAUCAUGAUGACUGCAAUAUGGUGUAUGUUUUUGUAAAGGUGUGAGGUAUAGAUUUUACAUAAUUCAAAAAUUUUGUUAUUCACAUAUAUUUACAAUACAUCGGAAAAGAAAUUCACGUCGUUAAGAGAGAGUUCAUUUUCUUGGCAAUAUGACAUUUCAUUGUAUCAAAAAAAUAUUUCUUACAUCGUACAUCGUUUAUAUGGAUGUAAGCUUGUCUUAUGCAAUACACCUUCAAUCCGUAUGAGGGCUACAUGGCGCAAGGGAUUUUGGGGACGGGAGUUAUUUGGCCAUUUUAAACGCCGCCAGGUUUGAAUGCCCAAGUGGACAGAUUUCUUGCAAUCUGUGCAAGGCGACACAUAGUUUGAGGUACGUUUUGUAAAUUAUGUUUAUUUGUUUUCGGAAAUUUAUAUUAGCACGGUGUGAAAUGGAUAAUGAAAUAUACCUUUAGGCUUUACGACACUGCCUAUGGCUUCUCGUGUGGCGCGAAUAUUAGCCCCCCACCCCCCGUCUCUGAGCAACCGCACCUAGCAGCAUUCUGUAACUGUGCUGUGUCGUUCUUCUGGAGAAUUCAAUGUUACUUCCCCAUUUAGCAUCCACAGAGUGACCGGACGUGUUCACAGUCUUUAUGUGAUUAAUAAUUUCUCAAUCAGACCCCCCUCCCCGCUCUUCAACAUUUUCAGCAUUCACAUGAAAACAUGAAUACAUAAAUAACGCAUGGUUGAUGUUCAAACCUUCAAGACUACCUAUUGUGUUCGGUAUGGUAUUGACCAUACUGUUAUGAGGGCGCUACAGUAAUACAGUAUAGUACCUGUACCAUAUAUCCAAUGUUUCAUCGCUAUGUUUGUACAUACCUUCCAUUCACCUGCACUCAUGAGCACAAACACAUGUAGAAUUUGAAAGACCAAAAAUCUCCUCUUAAUUGUAACGGUUAUGGUGUUCGGUGUCAUAUUCGUUAUUUGUAUUGACUAUUUGGGGGGGGGUCUUUUGUAAUGUUUCUGUUGAUUUGGCAGGUUUGAAAAGGUGUUACCACCUGUUCCGCCAUUGUUAUAUGGAGAAGCACAAUAAUAUAAACAAGAGCUGAUGUAA